CUCCUUGUUGCCAGUUUCCAACAGUCCGAUCACUGCAUCAACAGCAUAAUGGCCGGAAUCGUGGUGAUCUUCGACUUCGAUCAAACGAUUGUCGACGUGGACAGCGAUAAUUGGGUGAUCGGCGAACUUGGUUUCACGGAUUUGGCCAAUCACCUCCUCCCCACCAUGCCUUGGAACUCCGUCAUGGACAAGAUGACGAGGGAGAUGCAUCAGCAGGGGAAAACCAUUGAUGAUAUCAUUGGAGCUUUAAAACGCGUUCCGGUCGUGUCAAAUGUCAUUUCGGCCAUCAAAUCUGCUCAUGCUUUGGGAUGUGAGUUGAGGGUUUUGAGUGAUGCAAAUUUGUUCUUCAUUGAGACGGUGCUGGAGCACCUUGGUGUGAGGAGUUACUUCUCAGAAAUCAACACUAACUCAGGAUCUGUUGAUGAAGAAGGAAGACUAAGGAUCUCACCUUACCAUGAUUUCACCAGAGCUUCACAUGGCUGCACCCUCUGCCCUCCAAAUAUGUGCAAGGGUUUAAUCAUGGAAAGGAUCCAAGCUUCCAUAGCCAAAGAGGCAAGCACCAAGAAGUUCAUCUAUGUGGGAGAUGGAAUUGGAGACUACUGUCCAAGCAUGAAACUGAAGGAAUCGGAUUUCCUGAUGCCAAGGAAGAACUUCCCCCUCUUGGGUUUGAUUAGCAAGAACCCAGUGGUGGUCAAGGCAGAAAUGCAUGAGUGGAUUGAUGGAGAUCAGCUUGAACGUCAUUUGGUUGCUACUAUUGAAAAAAUCACAUCACCAGGCUGCAAUUGAAGUGCAAUUGAAGUUCAUUAGUGCAACUGCAACAUUGGAGGAAUUUUGUGUUUGUGUGUGUGUGAGAGAGAGAGACCAUGAAAAUUGAUUGAGAUCCAUUGUGGGGUUUUUUUUUGGGGUGUUUUAAGAUUUAGAUCAUCUUUGCUUUACAAAAAACGGGGAAAGGAAAACGCAUGUACCAAGUGAGGUAUGUGUCUAGAUUAGGAUAUUGGUCUAAGAAAGUUUCAUGG